CUGUGUCCCGCUGUGCGGAGUGUGAGGGGAUCAGGAGGAACCCACACUAAAGAAAGUCUUACUUAUCCACCUAGAGAAAACUGGAGAUGCAGAAGAUGCUGAGGUUGUUGGUGUUGGUGUACACGCUCACAGCUGUGUCCCUGGCUGUGCCUGCUCAGGAGAAGCGCGUCCAUCACCAACCUAAGCUCAGUGACCACGUGCACGAUGACGCCCACGGCUUCCAGUAUGACCACGAGGCCUUCCUGGGCAAAGAGGAGGCCAAGACCUUCGACCAGCUGACCCCAGAGGAGAGCCAAGAGCGCCUGGCGAAGAUUGUAGACCGCAUCGACACCAACAAAGACGGCUUCAUCGACCACAGCGAGCUGCACUGGUGGAUCAAGCACAGACAGAGGAGCUACAUACCAGGAGAAUGUGAAUAAGCACUGAGCGACUACGACAAGAACAAGGACGGGAUGAUCGCUUGGGAGGAGUACAAGAACACCACCUACGGGUACUAUCUGGGGGAGGAUUUUGAUGAUGUGGAGGACAAGAGCACGUACAGGACCAUGCUGUCCCGGGAUGAGAGGCGCUUUAAGGUUGCCGACCGAAACCAUGACGGCAUUGCCACCAGGGAGGAGUUCACCGCCUUCCUGCACCCUGAGGAGUAUGACUACAUGAAGGACGUGGUAGUACAGGAGACUGUGGAGGACAUAGACAAGAACGGAGACGGGAAGGUGGACAUGCAGGAGUACAUUGGUGACAUGUACUCAGAGGAGGAUGGGGAGAGCGAGCCAGACUGGGUCCAGACUGAGCGCAAGCACUUCAGUGAAUUCAGGGAUUUCAACAAGGAUGGCUUCCUGGACAAAGAUGAGGUAGCCCAGUGGGUGUUACCUGGAGAAGUAGACCACGCGGACAAUGAGGCCAAGCACCUGAUUCAUGAGACCGACACAGAUAAGGAUGAGAAGAUCACUAAGAAGGAGAUUCUGGCCACUGAACGAUGGUUUGUGGGCUCCAGGCCGACCAACUACGGAGAGGAUCUGACCAAACGGCACGAUGAACUUUGACCUUAGCCUGUGUUAGGGUUAUUUUGUUACUGAUUGGUUAGGGAGUCGUCAGAUAGGGGCAGGGUUAGGGGAGGUGAGGGGUCGGUGGAAUCAGAGUGGGUUCAGGGCAGGGUUCAGAAGGGUGGUUUGUGAUCGUUCACACAGCUGCAGAUACAUACUGUGUAUGUCCCAGCACCUCAGUCUCACUGUUGUAUAAGGUCAUGUUUACAGAGUUCACAUUCUACAGAGGCUGGAGUUUAAGGUCCACUCCAGACCAAACCUACACCUGCCCCAUGUAAAGGGCACACCUCUGUCUCCAGAGGUAGUGUUGUCUUCCGUCCAAACCAGAGAGACGUACCACACUUCCCCAGCAGCUGAGACUGGGUUCGGUCUGGAGUGGCCUAAACACUCAGGUGGAGGGCAGAGAAGAGUGGUAGAUUAGAUUUGAACUAUGGAAAUGCACAUAUUUUAUCCUGAGUUACGCUUAAUAUCUCUGCAGUUAUGUCAGGUAGAUAAAUGAAUCCAACUCAUAAAUGUCACCAAACAAAUGAAAUCAUUUUUAAAGAUUAAUAC